UUAAAGCAGCCUUAAUUAUUGGGAAUAUAAUUUGAACAAUAAAAAGUAUAAUUGCAUUAAAGUACUUUUUCAAGGGCUUAACAACAAAUAAGGAUUUAAUUUUAACUCCUUGCCUAAUAUUGCACAUUAUUCAUUAUGUAUUAAUAGUAUCAAUAUAUAAAUUAUAGCAACUAACUAAAUCCUUUUGAGUGAAAUUCCAAGCGAAACAACGAGUCUCCAGCUUUUCUUCAUCAGUCUCCUCUUCCCUUUUAUGUGAUAGUAAUAUGAAAAAUUCGAAAUCAUAUCACUACAAUAUUUAGUGUUUCAAUUGAAACAGAAACAAUCCAAUUACUACUAACAAGAUGUGUACUUAUUUCAAUUUUAUUUUGCUGCUAUUUUUAAUUACUUUUGACUUAUUACCGAACUCUUUUUUAUCAUUAUGUUCUGAUUUGCAUAAAUCAACAAAAUUAAAAACUCAAAAUACUCUGAAUCAGUUUAAACACUGUUGUGAUGAUGGACUGAUUGCCGCGCAUAGUUUAGAUCUACCUAUACUAACAAGUCAAACCAAUGUGCCAAACAGCGAAACAUGUGCAGAAAUUUUGCAGUUUGGAACAUCAGUAGUUGAAGAUGGUGCUGAAAAGUUGUCUUCAGAUCAUUUUUGGUGUCAACGUAUUCAACAUUUCUGUUGUUUGUCAGCUAGAAGAUUAAAAGCUUGUCGAAUCGGUUCAGAUCAUAUUAUUAAAUAUAAUGCAAAAAAUUGUUCAGCUGGUGAGUUCAAUCAUUUGAAUGACAAGAGAUUAACACCAAUAGCUCGGGAAUGUUGUCUGUGUCAGUUAAUAUGGCGUAGAAGUUCAUUAAAUGAUAAUAAUGUUACCGAACAUAAUCAAGAGCCUGUACAAAGUGUAUGUUCUAAUGGAAAUUGUUGUAACUUACUUAGUCAAAUAUUAAUGGAAGACAAUACAACUUCAUCUAAAUCAUCAAUGAUUAUGUCUGACGAUCCUGAUGUUCAUAGAAUUAUAACAGAAUAUUUGACUACAACUGAAGAAAUGGCAUUGUUGUCAACCACUUCAUCUACAUCAAUAGCAAUGACUACUAGUAAAGCUACAGAAGAAAGACAGCCAGCAGAUGAGGAAGAUGACUUUUCAUUCAAUCUUGUUGGUGGGAUAAAUUUUCCAGAUAUUUGGGAAGAAACAGAUACCGAUAAUACAUCACUAAUCAAUACAACUAUGAGUGAUUACUCAAAUAAUAUAGUUACAACAUCUCCUUCUCCUGCUAAUCUUCCUUCAACAACUGAUACGUCAACUGUUGUCACUUCUACUACUACUUCUGUAACGCCUAUAUCGGUAUCAACGGAUACUACCACAAUGGGUGAGACUACGACUACCAGUACAUCGACAAUCGUUCACCAAACGUCAACCACUGAACUAUCAAAGGAAACAACUCCUACUAGCUUAAAAGAAACAAGUCAUUUGAAAACUAUACAGUGUCAAGACAACUUUGUUUGGGAUAAUGAUCAACAAUUAUGUGUUCGACUUGUGUUCUCAUGUCCAGUAGGAAUGUAUCUCAAUAAAGAAACGAAAAGAUGUGUUUUCGAAUCAACUGAGAGAUCAGAUUGUCCAAUAGGUUAUAAGUUAUCCAGUACACGAGAUGAAUGUGAAGACAUUAACGAAUGUAUUGAAGGUCUCGGCUCAGGUACAUUACCAUGUGAAGGUGAGGGAACGAAGUGUGAAAAUCUACCAGGAUCCUACAAGUGUUCUUGUAAUUCUGGAUUUUCAAUGGCCUCAGACGGCACUUGCGUUGAUAUUAACGAAUGUACAUCAACGCAUAAUCCUUGUCUUGUUGGCCAGCAAUGUCGGAAUCUAAUUGGUUCCUAUCAGUGUCUUCGUGAAGUCCCAUGUGGCUAUGGUUAUGUAUUGAAUCCUAGAACUCAACAGUGUGAAGAUGUCGAUGAAUGCAAAAUUGAUCCACUUAUAUGCGGCAAAGGUAUGGCAUGUAUCAAUGUUCGCGGAGGUCAUAAAUGUGUUGAUUAUCAUUGUCCUGGAAAUGCAAAACGAAACAAAGUUGGUGAUUGCGUUCCAUGUCCUACAGGAUAUGUGUACAAUGUUUCGAGUGGAUUAUGUGACGAUAUUGAUGAAUGUCAACAACCGAAUAAAUGUAGAUCUUGGGAGAAAUGUAUAAAUGAACGUGGCUUCUUUUUGUGUGAAGCUAAAUUAAACUGUGCUCAUGGUACACGAAUUAAUGCUAACGGGACAGAGUGUUUAGAUAUAGAUGAAUGCUUGGAGAAAAGCUUUCAUUGUGAUGAUGAGAAAAUAUGUGUUAACACUGUAGGUUCCUACUACUGUACAGAAUCAAACUGUACAGCAACUCAAAUAUAUGAUUAUACAGAAAGAAAGUGUACUUGUGAAAAAGGAUAUCGUGUUCUCGAAAAUCAGUGUGUAGACAUUGAUGAAUGCUAUGAAAAUACACAUAACUGUACAAGUGAUAGUACUUGUAUGAAUCAUAUCGGUGGAUAUCGUUGCAUACGAAUAGAAGAAUGUCCAUCAGGUUUAAAACGCAAAUCACUAUUUUCAAGAUGUGAAGAUAUUAAUGAAUGUGAAUUGAAUUCAGAUAAUUGUGGUGCUCAUACAUUUUGCAAAAAUACAAUUGGUUCUUAUCAGUGUAUAUGUAAACAUGGAUAUAAAAAUAUUAAUGAAACAGAUUGUAUUGACAUCGAUGAAUGUUCAAUAUUCACGCCAGCUGAAUCUUGCCCUGAUUUAAAGGCCCGAUGCGUAAAUACUCAAGGAAGUUACAUUUGUGUCUGUCCUGAAGGUUUUGUUUGGUUAGGUUAUCCAGACUUGAAGUGCAAAGAUGUUGAUGAAUGCAAUGAAAAGCCAAAUAUAUGUGGGAAAGAAAAUCAGUGUAUAAAUACUAUUGGAAGUUAUCGAUGUCAGUGUGCCUCUGGAUAUAAAAAUGGAGAAAAUGAAAAAUCGUGUGUUGAUAUUGACGAAUGCAAUAUGAAACCGUACAAUAAUGAUGUAAAUUACAUAUCACCAUGUCCAUAUUCACUAUGCAUUAAUCAGCCUGGCAGUUUUCAAUGUCAGUGUCCAGAUGGAUUCCGGUUAGGAAGAGGAAAUCGAUGUUAUGAUAUCGAUGAAUGUCAUGAACUGGAGAAUGUUUGUAGAUCAAAUAAUCCACAUGCUCCAAGUCAAGCUUGUAUAAAUCUUAUGGGUAGUUAUCGAUGUGUAUCUGAUGAAACGCCACCAAAUUAUGUGAAACAUCGACUUGGUAAUGGGUUCAGGUAUGAACUAAAAGAUAAUACAAAAUGUUCAAAUAUUGGCGGAAAAUGUGUUCAACGAAUGGAUGAUUUAUUCAUUGAACUAGAUCAAGAUGCACGUGUGCCACAAACAUUAGCACGUAUCGAUACGAAAGGUUUACCUACAGGUGUUGUACGCAUAGAUUUAAGCAAACAUUAUGCAUAUCAAGCAUAUAAUGGAAAACAAAUUCCUGUUUCAACAGCAUUUCGUCUACAGCCAAGUCGUUCACAUGCUGGCAGUGUUGAAGUCCGCCUACUUCGUAAAUUACCAGCACCAAUGAAUAUUCUAAUCUCUGUUCACGUGACAAUAUCCAAAGAUGAUGAAGAGAUUGCACAUGCUGUAACUAAACUUUAUCUGUUUGUUACACAAUCAUUUUCUGAACGAUUACGAACAAGCAGAAUAAUUCAAAGAGGAUUAAUUUAAACAAUACAUUUUCCCUUUUCUUCUUAUACUCGUUUGCAUUUAAAUCUUUUAAUUGUUGUUUGAUUUAAAAUUAUUAGGAAUUUUUAUCCGCAUCCAGUCUGUCUUCCAUCUUUUCUAACAUUCUGUUUUACCGUAAAAUUUAUGAUACAACACGAAAUCGAUCCAGUUAAAAAAAACUUGAGUAAUCAGUUAUCAAAAACAACUAUUUUGCCAAAUAAUAUUUAUUCCGGAGAAAUACUGCAUUGGUGUUGAUACUGCGGAUGAUUUGUGUCAUUGAUUAUUUUACCGCCAAAUUAAGAAUUACUCAUCAAAACUCAGUGAACUAAUAUUCAUCUGAACAGAUAUAGUAAAUUGUAUUUUAGACACAGUCAUAUUCUUAUAUAAUUCGAUCACGGGUUUUAUCACAACUAGCUACCAUAUACAUAUUCGUCAGAUUCAAAAAAUCGAUAGAUUACUCUACAUCGGUCAUGUUAGCAUAUAAACAAACAUAAUCACAUACACACAUAAGUAUAUAUAUAUAUAUAUAUAUAUAUAUAUAUAUAUAUAUAUAUAUAUUUACAAACUAAUCACUUAUUAAUCUACCUUGUCUCUUAUUAAUUUCUUUCUUUUUUAAGCGCCACUUCAUGCGUAUCUAAACAUUGAUGAGAUUUUCAUUUUAUGAGUACAUAAAUAUGAAAUGUUUAAUCUUCUUGUCCAUGGAAUAAAAUUAGUACACUAAUCACCACUCCUACUACCAUUACUAAUACUGCUAUUAUUGUUCAUUAUCGCAUAUUACCGUAAAAUUUAUGUAUAUGUAUGUAUAUGCUUAAAUGCUA